CUGAAGUUUUGAAGCAGAUACCAAAUAUAUUCAACAUGUCAAGACAUUUUCACCCCAUAAAUUUGAAUAUGAUUGCCUCAUAACCCAUUGCAGUAGUGUUUUUUCUUUCCUGAGUAGUUUCAUUAAUUCAACAUGUUCCAUCUCUUGUUCAUACUUGUUUCUGCGGAAAUGGCUCUGGUUUUGGUACUCCUGUUCAGCUCUCCUCUGAGGAAACUGGUGAUCAAGGUAUUGGACAAGAUUAAAGAAGGGAGAGGCCCUGUGAUUUCAAAGACUGUUGCAGGAACUUUGUUUGUUGUCUUUAUCUCUAUCUCAUACAAUGCAAUGCAGAUCCAGAAACGGGCGCUAGAAGGAGGUGUGAUCAAUCCAACUGAUGAGGUUCUCUUGGCAAAUCGAAUCCUGGAAGCAUCCCUUAUGGGGUUUGCUCUAUUCCUUGCACUGGUUACAUAUAGAUUACACUACCAUAUCAAAGAGCUCAAUCCAAUAAGGAGGAGAUUGGAGGCAGAUGAAAAAGCCGAACCAAAGGUUGUAGAAGGUUCUCUAACGCAAGAGCACUCAAAGAAGGCAACAGCUUCAAGAACAAGUGAUGUUAGACUGAAAGAUUUCUCUUUGUAGACUAAAGCUUUAUGCUUAAUUUACUUCAUAAAACAGAAAUGUAAACAUUUCUAGGACAA